CCUCUCUAAAUAAUCCAAGGGGCUUGCUUACCCACACAAGAAACCUAUGCGCUUUCAGCUUCCGUGCGCCUGGUUAAUGACUUUGCUCUGGAAUUACAAACAGGGAAUGGACACGUUUAAAGUUUUUGUUCUCGUUCCAGUGCAGCCGAGCGUGCCCUAACGGUCUAGAGAGGAGCGUGCCUCAACGGUCCAAUGGAGCGGAGCGUGCUCUAACGGUUUAGAGUGGAGCGUGCCAUAACGGUCCAAUGGAGCGGAGCGUGCCUCAACGGUACAGUGGAGCGGAGCGUGCCUGGACGGUUGAGAUGAGAGCAAAUCCACGGCGAUCGUUAAUUCUAGGAGAGGAACAGCGAGGAGAACUACAGUGGCUGAUUGGAGUGGUGGCGAAGAAAAAACUGAAAUUGCUCUGGCCUUUGCUUGUUCUGAGUUGUCCAUUUGCUGACAUAUGCUAUCAUCCUCAACCGUGUUCAGUCGUGCUUUCAGAAAGAGAGAAAGGGGUUCCUUUGUUGGAAGGCUUAACUGUAGGACGCUUUACUCAAUCCAGAGAUUACAAAUCAAUAGAGAAGUCUUCUUCCUGGCAGGGAAGAAUUGAGAGCAAAGACAAGCAAGUUGCAAAGGAACAGAUGAAGGUGGAAGGCUUAACUGUAGGACGCUUUACUCAAUCCAGAGAUUACAAAUCAAUAGAGAAGUCUUCUUCCUGGCAGGGAAGAAUUGAGAGCAAAGGUAGUUUAUCUAAAUAUACAAGUGGGCAGGUCUACUAUUACCUAAGUUACCAGUUUGGGUUUGGGCAUGUGAAAUGCCCUUUGGGUUCGUGGGUCGGGUUCGUCCGUGUAUAUAUAUAUAUAUAAAAAAAAAACUGCUAAUGGCCUUCAAGACCUCCCGAAGACGUUCAAUUUGUGCAGGACUGUGUACACAAAACACUCCAGGAGCACAUAGAAAUGAAUAUGGGCAUGGGCCAAAGCCCUCUCCCCAAUGAUGUUUCUGAUCUGAUCUUCCAUCAAUCUGUAGUUAAAGUUGCAGCGAACAUCUUUAAUGGAAACGAAGUUAUUCCUCACCAAAGAUGAUACACUAUUUAUUUAUAUAUAUAUAUAUAUAUAAAGAAAUAUACAGAAUUGUAAAACUAAAUACAUUUGAUAAUAUGAUAAUUCAUUGAUCAAUCCAAAUGCCAAUUGAUUGUUUUGAAUUGAAUUGGAAGAUGGAGCAAUGCAAAAUGGCCAAAAACAGCAAAGAGCCGUUGGAAUGCUUGGGGCAAACCUGAAUCUGAACGAAUCUGGUUUAGGUGCGGGGACCAAAACCGGCAAACUGGAUAACUGAGACUAUUACAAAUAAAGGGACUCGACUAGAAAUACUGCAUAGCUUUUAUGUGAAUACAAUGUACACGAAGUGAUGCAGUGUAA